GAAUGCCUUACUCGAGUGACCGCCAAAUGAUUGAGUGGAGGACUUACGGAACAGGAUCUCCAAAUCGCUUUCCUAAACACCUUUCGCUAUGGUUGAUACCUCACUUCAAGACUUGGCUUUGUCCAUCGUCACCCUCAGCCCAGCUUUGGCGUUGAUCGCUGUGUGUCUUAGAGUAUGGAGUAGAGUUAGCUUGGGUCAGUUUGGCUUGGAUGAUGGCCUCAUCGUAUUCUCUAUGAUUUUGUCUAUAUGCGAGACUUAUGUACAAUGGCAAUAUAUUGUAUUCAAUUUUGUAGGUCUACAUAUAUGGGAUGUACCACUCGAUCACGACCCAAUUCCUGGACUCAAAGUUUGUCGCACCCCAAUAACGGUCUACAAGACUGCUUGUUGACACUUCUUAGUUCAACUUUGCCGUUCAAAUUCUCUACAACCCCAUUCUUUCCAUUGUCAAGACUUCCAUCUUGAUAUUCCUCCUCCGUAUCACAGGGCAGAAAAUUGAAAUCAAACGAACGAUAUGGGCACUCUUAAUCAUUAAUAAUGCCUUGAUGGUUGCUAUUUUCAUUGUAGUAAUCUUCCAAUGUACGCCCAUUUCAUACAACUGGCUGUCGAAUAUUCCUGGAGGCUAUUGCAUCGAACAAGGCGUAUUCUAUGUUGUUACUACAGUUUUCACUCUCGUCACGGAUAUUUUGGUUUUGGCUGUUCCAUUCUGGAUCGUCAUUGGAUUGAAAAUGCCCCGAAAAACAAAAUUCGCAGCUAUUGCUGUAUUCUUUCUCGGAUUUCUAGUAACAAUAGUAGGCAUAGUCCGUCUCGCAAUGAUGAUUACCGUCUUUUUCCACCCUCCUCCCGCCGAUUCUACACGAAGCAUCGGCUUUGUCACUUCAGCAAUUGAAAUCAACCUCGCAAUAAUCACUGCAUCUGCUCCUGCUCUCAAACCUAUGAUGCGUCAAUGGUUUCCCAAGCUCUUUGGUUCUUCAUCGGAUGGUGCCUAUAAUAAUCAGAGCAGUGGGCCAUAUGCUUUCCAGGGCAAUAGUAGAUACGAGCGCGGAACAAGAAAUGGAGCAGGUUUCAAGAGCUCGCCAUUAAGUAACGGGAAUGGACUGAUCAGAUUAGAGGAUAUGCCGGAUGCCAAAGAUGGGGUGACGGAGGACCCAAAUGGAAUCCAAAGGGAGAUGAGCAAAGGGGAUGGGGAUAGUGAUGAGGAAAUCAUGAAAUAUGAAGGGAUUAUCAAGACGACAAGUGUUGGUGUGCACUAUGAAGACGGGAAGAGUGAUAUUUCCGAUUCGCAGCAUGCGAGGAGGACUAGUGUAGAGAGUUUAUAAGACAUGCAUUAAAAUAAGGAUCACAGUACUUGAAAAUGCUAUGCUACAACAUUAUCGUAGACUUCAAUUCCUUUUGAUGAAUGUUUGAUGUUGGACUGAGCUUGUUGAAUGAUAUUCAACAGUAAAUAGACAGUGGUGACUAAACA